AUGGCGGGUAAUAUCUCGGCUGCCAACAUCGGUGGUGUGGCCGACGCUCGCCUCGGUGUCGAGGCAGACGUCAUUGGCACCAAGGAUGAGCAUCCCGAAUCCAUGUCACACGAGAUCUCGCCUCCAAUCCUCCAUGGCCCUGGCUCGAUCUAUCUGGACACCAGUAUCACCUUCGAGAACUACGUCUACUGGGCCAAUCGCUCGCGCGAGGUCGAGAAGAACAUUCGCACCGAUAAUGCCGGCUUUGCGCAGCUAGGUCGAACCGUCAUCGGCAAGAAAGAAAAGACGCUGCCGACCUCGACCCCAACCCCAUCGGUCCCAACCGAGAGCAAUGCCGCGCAGCCCCCUGAUGAGAAGACUACCGACGAGAAAAAGGCGCCCCCGGGCUACUCGGACCCGACCGCAAAUAGUGACACCGCAUCCGACAAUUGGGGUGUCAGUGAGUCCGAGUGGGAACAGGCGCAGCGAGCGGCUCGGACCGCCACCUGGGGCUCCAUUUUCUACUUGAUCACCACCGAUAUUCUUGGCCCGACGAAUGUGCCGUGGGCAAUUAGCAAGAUGGGAUAUGGGCCGGGAUUUGCCCUCUACACAGCCUUCGGUAUCAUGGCCUGUUACUCGGGCCUGCAGCUGUGGCGCAUCUUCGUCGGUCUGGACUCGACCCGGUUCCCCAUGCGCAACUAUGGCGACGUCGCAUUCCGCGUGUUCGGCAGCUAUGCGCGCAUCUUGGUGAAUUUUUUGCAGAGCUUCCAGUUCUUCCUCAAUGUCUCGUUGUUGAUCACCAGCAACGGACAGGGACUUGCGCAGAUGGCAGCCGGCGUCAGCGGCAAUGGAUUCCUUUGCUUCAUUGUCGCUGAAGUCAUUUUCAUGUUGAUUGGUUUCAUUCUAGGACAGAUUCGCACUUUGCAACGCCUGUCCUGGCUGGCCAAUAUUGCUAUCUGGCUGAAUGUCAUUGUCAUUAUCAUGACGAUGGCGGUCGUCCACGAGUACCCUCCGAACUACGAGGCCGUUAAACAGAGCUACGGAAUCCCCAAGGGCCCGGUGGAGACGAGUGCUUAUUGGCCUUCGUCCUCAACCCUCAAUGACAAGGUCACUGCCAUGAUGAACGGUGUCUUUGCAUAUGGCGGUGCCACGCUCUUCAAUGAAUUGAUGGCCGAGAUGCGACGCCCCUAUGAUUUUUGGAAGGGAUUCAUUUGCGCCGAAAUUUUCAUCUAUGCUUGCUACUUGAUCAUGGGUAUGGUCGUCUACAGUGCGCAGGGUCAGUUCACUUUCAACCCAGCCUACCAGGGUAUCCCGAACACCGCUUAUCGCUUCCAAACCCUCGGAAACGCAAUCUCCUUCAUCACUGGUGUCAUCGCAGCUCUGCUUUAUGGAAAUAUUGGCAUCAAGGUCCUCUAUUCCGCUAUACUCCGUGAUGUCUUCCAUUUCCCGCCUCUGGAUAGCCGGCUGGGAAAGUGGAUCUGGGUUGCGCUCGUACCAACCUACUGGUGCCUUGCAUGGGUGAUUGCCGCUGCGAUCCCCCAGAUCAGCAACCUGACCUCCUUCGUCGGUGCCGCCUGCAUCUUGCAAUUCUCCUACACCUUCCCGCCCAUGCUUCUAGUCGGAUACAAUGUCCAGAGAGACGCGAUGCUGCCCGAGGAAGAGUUCAACCCGCAUACAGGUGAGGCACACCGAGUCGACCACGGCAUCAAGCGCUGGAUCCGAGGCUACAAGAAGAAGUUUGUUUGGAACACCUUCGACGUAAUCUACUCUCUUGCUGCACUGGCAACCGCUGGUCUCGGAAUCUGGGCCUCGGUCACAGCCAUGCACGAGAGUUUCUCGUCCACGGCACUGACACCCUUCACCUGCGCGAAUCCGGCCGGUUAA